UACCGUGUACGCAGUCUUUGAAGACGGCUUUUCCUCCCAGCCAACGCUUGUGUAGGUCGAAAUCGCGAAACACAAAACCCAGACACGACAUCGAUGGACAUCUGCAGAAGACAUCAGGCUGCUGCGUUAGUAUCUGUGCACAGUGAAGGACCACACAGGAAAGGCUGACGAAUUGUGGCUUAAGAUGCACCAGAGUCUUAUCGAGUUCGAGCCGCUAAAGGAGAUAUCUCAGCUUGCAGUACGAGAACGAAGCCUCAGAUUUAUUGGAGAUUUUCGCAAGUCAAACAGACUUGACGAAUGGCGCACUGGAGAUCCUGGAACGUUUAAAGAGCAAGAACAGCUGCUGUGCGAUAUACUCGAAUUCGAGGCGGACGCUACCAAACGCGCAUCCACGCAGAAGCCGCAGACCAAGGAGAUGGUAAAGCAGGCGCGUAAAGACUUAAAGUUCCAGGUGGCAGCAAAAUACAGCAUGAAGAAACGAAUGCGCCUGUCGGAGGCUCCUGAACCAAACUCAGAUGAACCGAUCGAUGAUUUUGAUGCUCGUGUGAACGGAUACGGUCCCUUCGCACCGGAUGACGAGAGUGGAAACAGUGUUCGACUUCCAAAGCGUGAACGGAUGAGCUAGAACGGCAUGGUACAGAAUUUUUUGUCAGACUCGAAGUCGAUGCGAGACAAAGAAUUACAAUUCAAAGAAUCAGCGUUAGAACUGGAAAAGAAGAGAGAAGAGCGACUAGCUGCAGAACAAACUAUGAAACUCGAAAUUCGAAAAGGGAAAUUGGAAGUUGAA